AUGUGGCAAUCACAACGUCUAUCAAUCAAUCAAUCAUUAAGAUCAGGGCUCAAUCGUAAUCAAUAUGGGUCGGAAGAAGAUCACAUGGAAGAAACUGGAUGGAUUCGAGAGUCAGUUAGCAUCCCUGAUUCCGACUCCUUCAUCAAAUCCAUAAAAAUUCUUCAAGUGGAUACUUUUAUUGGCAAUGCAAAGCAGCAAGGUGGUGAAGGAAAUAUUAUUGUUAUUACCAUUUAA